GUCUUCAGAGGAGAUUGACAGUCACCUUUGAUAUGGUAUCCAUUAGAUUUUAUUUUCUGAGCACACACUUGUACUCUAUCGACUCAUGACUUUCCCUUGGACUAUCGUGGCCAUUACAUGUCUAAGUAACUUGAUUGUGCUCCUGGAGUUACACUCUGGUCUUAUAUGUGAUACUCUACUCCAUGAGCAAGGGUUACCUUUGCUUAUAGGUUUACUCCAGAGCAUUUUACUGUCCAGUCCUCCUCCUCCAUUCGCGAUCUCCUUCAAGCUUCGGCUUCAGCCUUCAAGUCUUCACUCUUCAAGUCUUCAACCUCUUCAAUCAUCGCGAUCUCCUCCUCUUCAAUCAACCUCUUCAGGCUCCAGUCCAGUCCUCUUCCAUUCGCGAUCUCCUUCAAGCUUCAGCUUUAGCCUUCAAGUCUUCAACCUCUUCAAUCAUCGCUGGUCUGCUACUCUGCUUCUUCCUUGCUGUGGCUGGUUUGCUACACUACAGUUUCGUCACUCAUCAGUCAUGACUUCAACUUCAGUUCAGAGUCUUCAUUCUUCAACUUCAAGUCUUCAACGGUUCAACCUCUUCAAUCAUCGUCGUCGCCAUCUAAAAGCCUGCUUCUUGCUUGCCGUUGCUGGUCUGCCAGAUUAGUCAGUCACUACUUCAACUUCAGUUCCGAUUUCAGCCUUCACAUUUGCCGCCGUCUGUGAGCUGCCAUUUGCCGUCAACCAAGUA